AUGAAAGAGCGCAAUCCGCACAUCACCCCCAUCUCUACCCUCUCAACGCUAACAAAUAAUUCGACUUCGAAUCUCUUCUCGCCGACGGCUUUGGCAAAACCCUCGUUCGAUAUACGACCGGAAUCUUCGCCAAAUCUUUCAUCGUCAGGUUUACAUCGAAAGCAUCAGAAGGAAAUGACGGGGUGCGGUGGAUAUGCUACUACUGAUGAAGAAUUCCAUGCUCUUCCCCCAGCUCUAAAACGGAAGUAUUUUUCUACCUUGGAGCGUCUUCGAUUCGCACAAAGUUCGAGGUCAAAUGCCCUCAAUGAGCUUCCCACCCAGAGUAUCCGCAAGAGCUCCAUCGCCGACCGACGUGGCUUGAAGAUUUCAGAGCUCGAGCCUCGACGCAGACCCUCGCGACGUUUGAAAAAGAAGAAGCAACAUUCUCCCUCUAAUAGUGAUGAUAAAUCCUGGUUUUUGAGCAAUUACGAAUCAUUCCCGGACACGAUCAAAAGAAAACAAUUCUCGAGCGAGGAACAAGCUAUAUUGGCAGGCAGGAUACGGGAGACAGUGAUUUUAGAUGCUGCCGACGAAAAUCUCAUAAUUCGAAGACGAUCUCGUCGAAUGGCGUCAAAUCGACCAAUACUAUCUCCAAACCUCCAAAGCCCAGUCUUGAGUGGGAAAGUCAGUGGAACUCGCAGGAGAGCCUCUAUGACAAGUAUGGCCGACACGUUCUUUGAUAACUUCCAAUGGAACGAUGAAGAGUCUAAAUUAGAUCUACAUUUGGAUGAAUAUCACGCUUCAAUAUUUCCGUUAAUAAAGAGCGAUCGAAAACCAUCAUUUCGCCGACAAAUGUCAAUUUCAAAGCUUCCUUUUGGAAGAAGCCCCUUGUCUUCGAUAGAGCCUCAAACUCCAAAUCCCAUAUCCCCUACCUUUAGCACACACUCUCGUUCAAAGACUCGAGACACUUCAAUCAUUGGACCAAAUCAUGCCGCAAAACACAAAGUUAAUUCCUCCCUAUCAUCAAUUGACGCCAACGCCACCCACUACCAAGACCCGGAAGCACGACUAAAACUACGAGUAUACUUAGCAUCACCACAAAAGUUUGACGAGAUAAUCGAAUUUGGAUUCCCGUCCAUGGACGCAGCAGUGGAAGCGCCAGAGAAAAGGAACAGGCCACCGAAAUUAUUAUCGAAACGCUCGUCGAUGGAUUUAUUGAGGAGGAAAAUCUCGAGUCCGGCGUUUGACCAUUCAUUCUUCAAUGACGACACAGCUUCAUUAUUCGAGGACGAUACAUCGAUGGUAGACUCGGAAGCACCCAUAACACCACUGGAAUAUGAAAGCGGAUUCCCAUCCCAGCGAUCUCCAUAUUAUUAUAACGGCAAACCUCUCGUGGAUUGCCAACCAGGCACUACCAAAAUACCUAGCAAGCAGCAAGAUCCUUAUACCCAAGCCAUGGCAGGAAACCGGGAACCCACGCUCCGCAUGACACUUACACGCCAGGACCUUCGAGAUGAGAGUGCCAUAUACGGAUGGCAAUUGAAGGAGCCGCUCGUCCUGGAGGAUUUGGAAAGCCACCGGUAUCCACGCGGACCCAUGGGUGGAGCGGAUGGCUGGGGCCCAACGGAGAAGGAAAAUGGGGUGGUGAAAAGGUUUUGGAAAAGAGUCAAGAGUCAACGGAAGACUUCGUGA